AAGCGUAAUGUGCGUAUGGAGCCCGCUAUUUCCGCCGGCAGAUCAAAGACAAUUCAGCAUGGGGUCAUCUUACGUGAAAAGAUGAGUUUGGCAUUGUUGCAGCGGUUGGUGCUGCCAUUCAGUAAAGGAACUGCAGGAUUGCACACUACAUGUACAAUGCAUGAAAUAAGAAAAAUGGCAAGAUUACGUGUAGUUGAUAACAGCAAGCUAGGGAAAUCUGCUAUGCUGGAAGGGAGACCACCAAGAUGUAUUCAUGUAUAUAACAAAAAAGGUGUCGGUCACACAGGUGAUAAAGUACUUGUGGCUGUUAAAGGUCAGAUGAAGAGAGCCAUACUUGUUGGAUGCCACCAGAAUCAGAAACCUCUUAUGCCCAAGUUCGAUACUAACAACAUUGUCCUUAUUGAUGACAAUGGCAGCCCACUUGGCAACAGAAUUCAUGUACCAAUCCCCACAAUGCUCAGAAAGAAAUUAGUUGAAAUGUCAAGACCCAAAGGUGCAGAUUAUACAAAAAUCUUGGCAAUUGCCACUAGGUUUGUUUGAAAGUUAAAAAAUAUGUAUAUUAUUUAGAUGCUUUGUGUAAUACUGUAUAAAAUAAAUAUUUAUAACAAAACAA